AUGGACCAAGAUAGUGAGAAAGCAGAGGAAAAGCAACUUCCCAUGUUGGAAGGCAACCCUGGGGAAGAAAAUCAUCCUGGGGAAGAAAAUCAUCCUGAGGACGACAACCCUCCAACGGACGAACGAUUCCAAUUCAACGACAACCUAUGGAAGCACGCCAGGAAAGAGGAAUCCAAAAAGGGCAUUGUUUACCUGGCGGAUGUAGCAAUAGGGUUAACAGCAUCCCGGCUACGAGAAAUAUUCAGUCACUACGGGCCGAUUAGCAAAAUACAUUUAAACCAAUUGAAGGAUGAAGGAGAAGAAGAAGGGAAAGGUUUCCUCUCUUCCCACAUAAAGAAGAAGGAUGGAACAAAUUUGGAGGGAGAAAAAAAAAAAAAAAAAAAAAAAAAAAUGAUCAAAUAUCAAGAUGGGUACAUAGAAUUUAUCAACAAAAAGGACGCCAUGAAGGCCGUUCGUACUUUAAACAAUCAACUAAUUGGAGGAAAAAAAAGAAAGAAUAUGGUGAGAGAGUACUUUUGGCACUUAAAAUUGAUAAAGGACAACUUCGUUUGGAGCGACAUCAUGUCGUCUUCCCUCUAUCGAAGGAUGUCCAGGAAGGAAAAAUUCACCCAUGCUUUGAAAGAUAUGUACAAAGGAUAUGAGGCCUAUGUAGAAAAAAAUGGGGGAUCCACUCAUGGGAAGGUUAUGGGUGGGGUGGGAUCCACUGAAGGGAAGAGUCGCCACCCCAAGGAAAACGUUCAAAAAGGAGGAAGAGGAGGCAUCCAAAAAGAGGACCGAUCACAGAACAGGAAAAAAAAAGGCUCUCAUGUGAAGAAGCCACAUUGCCCACUCCGGUUUGUCACAGUGAAGAAAGGCAAGGAGAAAGAUGAGGUGACAGGAGAAGCCCCCGUCGAAGUUCCCCUCGGAGAGCCACCCUCCUUACCUCGAAACAACAACGCCGUUUCUGCGGAUCUCCUGAAACUCCUUAUGUAG